AUGCAAUUUAUUAUUAAGAUUAUCGAUCUUGAUGAUUUCGAAUUUAAAAAUUAUUUUAAUUUGGAGGUUUAUAAAUUAGAGAAUGAAACAAAAGUUUUAAUUGAUUAUCACGAUGAAAAAUUUAAAAUUAAUAAUUUAAACACAAAUAAUCUGGCUUUAGAUGUUUUUCUUUUAAAGACAGAACAAUACAAGGUUACCUAUAACAAUCAAAUUAUUUGUAAUCUUGACGGACAUGUAAUGGUAAAAAAGGAAGGUGUUCAAUAUUUAUUUAAUAUUGUUGAACUUGAUGAUAAUUUUAUUUAUUUUACAAUUAUUAAAAGGGAAAAUG